AUGGCUCACAUAUCGACUUGGCAGUUGCAAAGAAAGUCGGUCCCUGCUGAAAUGGAGGAACCAGAACUUGACCCCAUUAAGAAUUCAAGUAAAAGGAGAAAGACGGAGAAAUCAGCUUCAGCGAAGGUGAAAGCUCACAAUCAGAAGAAACCCCGCCGAAAAAAACCGGAUAUCAACGUAGGAAAUGGGGCUGACAAGCAGCUGAAAUCGUGCCAUCAAUGUCAUAGGAGUGAAAGAGAUCGCGUUGUUGAGUGCAAGAAAUGUCAAUCGAAGAAAUAUUGCGUCACAUGCAUGACUAAAUGGUACCCCAAUAUAUCGGAGGAGGAGUUUGUCAAGGCGUGCCCUUUUUGUCGCAAAAAUUGCAAUUGCAAAGCAUGCUUGCGUGGAUAUUCACCUAAAUUUAUGCAGGUGAUGCAGGGAUAUUCUUGCUCCAAACCUGAUAAAAUUCGAUACUCAAAGAAUAUCAUACAAAAAGUUUUUGCUUUUGUGAAAAGUCUGAAUGCAGACCAACUGAGGGAGAAGUUAAUAGAGGCUAAGGUUAAAGGAUUAUCUCUAUCAUACUUACAAAUACAGGAUGCUGAGUGUGAGGUGGAUGAUAAUAUAUAUUGUGACAAAUGUGGAGCAUAUAUCUUUGACUUGUAUAGAAGUUGUGCAUGUGGUUAUGAUCUAUGCCUUGUAUGUUGUCAAGAUUUACGUGAGGGAAAUAUGUGUAUGAUAUCUGGAUGGAAGUUCUCUAUAGAUGGUAGCAUUCAUUGCCCACCAAUUUAUAUUGGUGGAUGUAAUGAGGGGAUCCUUGAGUUGAAACGUAUAAUGCCUGUUGAUUGGGUUGUAAAUAUGUUGGAGAAAGUACAAGAGAUAUACAAAAUCAACACAAGUGAUGAUAUUGAUAUUCAUCAAACUUCUACCAAAUGUGGCAUGUGUUGUUAUGAUUCUGAAGCUAAUGAAGAAAAUUCUAAUGGAUGUUAUUUGUACUCUCUAAGUGCUAAAGACAUUCAACCUCAACAAGACAUGCAACAUUUCCAAUUGCAUUGGUCAAAAGGUGAGCCUAUGGUAGUCAAUGAUGUGCUUUCAGCUUCCUCAGGGCUAAGUUGGGAGCCAAUGGUUUUGUGGCGUGCUUUUCGUGACAUUACAAAAAAUAGCAAUCGUUCCCAUACGUGUGAAGUGAAUGCAAUCGAUUGUUUUGAUUGGAAAAAGGUGAGUGUUGAUCUUCACAAAUUCUUUAGGGGAUACUCAGAAGGUGGAUUCAAAAGGGAGAUUUUGAAGUUAGAAGAUUGGCAACCUUCUUGCUUAUCUGAAGGAGAAUGGCCACGUCAUUUUGUUGAAUUCAUUGGCUGUUUGCCAUUUAAAGUGUAA